AUGGUGAACAGUUUCUCCCAAGCUGAAGCUGUGGCGCUCUGCUAUGAGAACGUGAACGGAUCCUGUGUUAAAACUCCUUACUCCCCAGGUCCUCAAGCAGUUCUGUAUGCGGUCCUUGGUUUUGGAGCCAUGCUGGCUGUGUUUGGAAACUUACUGGUCAUUAUUGCUAUUCUUCACUUCAGACAGCUGCACACACUAAACCUUCUGAUCGCAUCGCUAGCCUGUGCAGACUUCUUGGUGGGAGUGACUGUGAUGCCCUUCAGCACGGUGAGGUCUGUGGAGAGCUGCUGGUAUUUUGGGGAGAGUUACUGUAAAUUUCACACAUGUUUUGAUUCUUCCUUCUGUUUUGCUUCUUUAUUUCAUUUAUGCUGUAUCUCUAUCGAUAGAUAUAUUGCUGUUACCAACCCUCUGACCUAUCCAACCAAGUUUACUGUCUCGGUGUCAGGAAUAUGCAUUGUUCUCUCUUGGUUCUUCUCUGUCACGUACAGCUUUUCUAUCUUUUACAAGGGGGCCAACGAGGAAGGGAUUGAGGAACUAGUCGUUGCUCUCACCUGUGUAGGAGGCUGUCAGGCUCCACUGAAUCAAAAUUGGGUUCUACUUUGUUUUCUUCUCUUCUUUAUACCCACUGUUGCCAUGGUGUUUUUAUACGGGAAGAUAUUUUUGGUGGCUAAACAUCAGGCCAGGAAGAUAGAAAGUACAGCCAGCCAAGCUCAGUCCUCCUUAGAGAGUUACACAGAGAGAGUAGCAAAGAGAGAGAGAAAAGCUGCUAAAACACUGGGCAUCGCUAUGGCUGCUUUCCUGGUCUCUUGGCUCCCGUACAUUAUUGAUGCUGUGGUUGAUGCCUACAUGAAUUUUAUAACUCCCUAUGUUUAUGAGAUUUUAGUGUGGUGUGUGUACUACAAUUCAGCUAUGAACCCCUUGAUAUAUGCUUUCUUUUAUCCAUGGUUUUGGAAGGCAAUCAAACUUAUCGUGAGUGGCAAAGUCUUAAGAAGGGAUUCAUCAACAAUUAAUUUGUUUUCUGAGGAAGCGGACAUCGGUUGACGCAAUUACCACAGGGAUUUUAAAACUAACGUGGGAUUAAGGUCAAGCGCAAAAUU